GACAGAAGCAUCAACUGCGUGCCUGAAUCCUCCACAGAAUGGGAUCCUAUUGGAUUACGGCCGGUCAGGACUCGAGCGGAGCGACUGGAGCCCGAUGGCAACAGUGGAUCAUGGGGGAGGAUGCCCGUUCCAUGCAGGGAACCGAUGAGGAGGCUCAGGGUUUGAUUGCCUAUGCAAACUAUGCCCAGCAGAGCAUGAAAGGAGUUGCAGAACGAGCUGGAGGGGCCAUUGGUGGUCACAUGGGAUUCGCGAUGCAGGCUGCAACCAUAAGCACGCAAGCGUGGAUCACUUUCUUCGUCUUGCUCAUUUUGGGUGGGCUGCUGAUGGCAGCUUCCUUUGCUUCGCUGCCCAUGUUGCUUCUCGCACCUCAAAAGUUUGCCUUUGUGUUCACCACGGGCUCUGCCUGCAUACUUGGAGCGCUGUGCUCCCUCAAGGGCAUGCAGGCCUUCCUGGCCCACUUGACCACACCAGAGCGGCGGCCUCUCUCGAUCGGGUUUCUGGGUUCCAUGGCUGGCACUCUCUGGGCUUCGAUGUGGUACAGGUCAGCCCUGCUCACGAUCGUCUUCUCUGUGGCGCAAAUCAGCAGCUUGCUGUGGUUCUUCAUAUCCUACAUUCCAGGUGGAGCGUAUGUGAUGGGAUUGGUUUGCGACUUCCUCAAAGGUGCUUUGAGGCAUGUAUGCUGCAAUUCCUGCUCAUCCAAAGGAAGCACUGCCCUCAGUUUCAAAUCGUUGCAGAGGCAACAAAGCGAAAAGAAAGACGCUGGAACUCCCUUCAGUCCAGGCUUGCCACUUUAAAAAAAACAAAAAACUAUAUAGUAUUAUUUAGAAUAUACUAUUAACAAUAUGCUAUAUGCACUAAUCAAUAGCUUAACUUUAACUAACAC